AUGAAGACAGGAAAUCAAAGCAUCAAAACAGAUUUUAUACUUUCUGGUCUUUUCCAAUAUGGCCAAAUGGACACUUUCCUCUUUGUUGCCCUUGUGAUCCUCUUUGCAGUGGCUCUGAUGGGGAAUAUCAUACUGAUCCUUCUCAUUCAACUGGACACCAGACUCCACACUCCAAUGUAUUUUCUACUCAGUCAGCUCUCCUUCAUGGAUAUAAUGAACAUCACCACCACAGUGCCCAAGCUGGCCACUAACUUUCUGUCAAAUAGUAAGACCAUUACAUUUUUAGGCUGUGAGAGUCAAACAUUUGUGCUCAUAGUCCUUGGUGGAACUGAAGCCCUUCUCCUUGGUUUCAUGUCCUAUGAUCGAUAUGUAGCCAUCUGUCACCCUUUGCAUUAUCCUGUACUCAUGAGCAAGAAGAUCUGUUGGAUCAUGGUCACAUGUGCAUGGACCAGUGGAUCUGUCAAUGCUCUAGUACACACAUUGUAUGUGUUUCAUCUUCCAUUUUGUAGAUCACGGCUCAUCAACCACUUUUUCUGUGAACUUCCAUCUCUAUUACAACUGGUUUGUCAGGAAACUUCCCAGUAUGAGUAUACAGUCCUCCUGAGUGGGCUUAUUAUUCUGCUGCUGCCGUUCUUGGCCAUUCUAGCAUCCUAUGCCUGUGUACUUACUGUGGUGUUCCAGGUGAGCUCAGGUAAAGGACAGACAAAGGCUGUUUCCACUUGUUUCUCUCACCUGACUGUGGCAAUCCUGUUAUAUGUGACUGCUCUCUCCACCUACACCAGACCGCACUCCUUGCAUUCCCCAGAACAGGGCAAGGCAGUGGCAGUGUUUUACACCAUCAUCACACCUCUUCUGAACCCAUUUAUCUACAGCCUGAGGAAUAAAGAGGUUAUUGGGACCAUGAGAAGACUGUUGGUAUAA